AGAGCACUCGACAGUGCCACAGGAGGAGAGGUGGCAAUAAAAAAAAUAAAUCUUCAAGGAGUGAGGAGGAAGGAGCUAACCUUUAAUGAAAUAAUGAUCAUGAAGAGGUAUAGGAGUCCCAAUGUUGUGAAUUAUUUAGACAGCUACCUUCUGGGCGAGGAACUCUUGCUGGUUAUAGAGUACAUGGAUGGAGGUGUCCUGAGCGACAUCGUCAGCCAGACCUGCCUGUCUGAAGAUGAGAUGGCAGCCAUCAGUCGGGAGUGCCUGCAAGGACUGGAUUUUCUUCAUGCAAACAAUGUGAUCCAUCGAGACGUGAAGAGUGACAACAUCCUUCUCAGAACGGACGGUUCUGUCAAACUGGCUGAUUUUGGCCUCGCUACUCAGCUCACCCCUGAGCAGAGCAGACGGUGCUCGGUAACCGGGACUCCUUGGUGGAUGGCGCCUGAAGUGGUGACAGGUCAACCAUAUGGCCCCAAAGUGGACAUAUGGUCUUUUGGAAUUGUGGGAAUUGAAAUGAUAGAACAAGAACCUCCUUACUUGGGCGAAAGUUCUGGCACGGCUACAUACCUGAUAGCCACAGUAGGGACUCCACAGCUGCGGCAGCCCAAGCUCCUCUCGGCUUUGCUGCGUGACUUCCUGAGCUGCUGCCUGCAGACAGACGAGGAGCAGCGCUGGUCUGCCCAGGAGCUCCUGCAGCAUCCAUUUGUAAGAUUUGCUGAGCCUGCGUCCAGCCUGGUGCCACUGAUUGUUUCAGUGAAGAAGAGGAAGGAGACAAGAAUGUGAUAAUCACAUCAGGACCAUUUAUUCCUCAAUCAGUUUAGAGUAGGAUUGUAGGGUAGGAUUAGGAUUAGGAUUAGGAUUAGGAUUAGGAUUAGAUUAAGGAUAAGGAUAAGGAUAAGGAUAAGGAUAAGGAUAAGGAUAAGGAUAAG